GAAGAAGGAAGCUUGCAACGUCAUGUGAUGACGUAUCGUGUGUAACGUCAGAGGAAGUUAUUCCAGUAAAUUCGCGUUAACUAUCAAGUUAAAAUCUUAGAGGCUUUAACUGUUCGAACCUUACAAAACAUAGCAUUUUUUUAAACAAAGCUUCGACAUUUACACACCAGCACGAUGAUGAUGAUGAUGAUGGACGAGGAUCAGCCCAAGACAUUGUAUGUCGGGAACCUCUCCAGGGACGUGACGGAGGCCCUCAUCCUACAAGUGUUCUCCCAGAUCGGCCCCUGCAAGAGCUGUAAAAUGAUCAUUGAUACGGCUGGAAACGACCCAUACUGCUUUGUGGAGUUCUACGAGAACAGACACGCUGCUGCAGCUCUGGCUGCCAUGAACGGCAGAAAGAUAUUAGGAAAGGAUAUGAAAGUUAACUGGGCCUCAAUGCCAAGCAGUCAGAAGAAAGAUACCAGUAAUCAUUUCCAUGUCUUUGUUGGUGACCUAAGCCCAGAAAUCUCUACAGAUGACGUCAGGGCAGCCUUUGCUCCUUUUGGGAAGAUAUCGGACACCCGUGUGGUGAAGGACUUGGCCACAGGCAAAUCAAAAGGAUACGGUUUUAUCUCCUUCAUUAAUAAAUGGGAUGCAGAGGGUGCCAUUCAGCAAAUGAAUGGCCAGUGGCUGGGAGGCAGACAGAUCAGAACAAACUGGGCCACAAGGAAGCCGUCUGCUCCCAAAUCAAACAAUGAAGCCAGUAACAAACACUUGUCCUAUGAGGAGGUUCUGAACCAGUCGAGUCCCAGUAACUGCACUGUGUAUUGUGGUGGAAUUGCUUCUGGCCUUUCAGAUCAGCUGAUGAGACAGACAUUCUCACCAUUUGGGCAGAUAAUGGAGAUCCGGGUUUUCCCAGAGAAAGGCUACUCAUUUGUGAGGUUUGACUCUCAUGAGGGUGCUGCCCAUGCUAUAGUGUCCGUGAAUGGGACCUGCAUCGAGGGCCACACUGUAAAGUGCUACUGGGGCAAAGAAACAGCCGAUAUGAGAUCCAUGCAGCAAAUGCAGUUGCCGCAGCAGAAUAAACCUACCUAUCCUGCCCAGUCUUACGGACAGUGGGGCCAGUCAUAUGGCAACGGUCAACAAAUGGGCCAGUAUAUGGCCAAUGGCUGGCAGAUGCCUUAUGGAGUCUACGGGCAGGCCUGGAAUCAGCAGGGAUAUAAAUAAGUAGAAACAUGGCUGUCUAAUCUUUCAGUCCAAUCAUUAAACCCUGCUUCAGUGUGGCAUCUGCCCAAUGGGACUCACCAUUACACCAAUUCAGGGGUUGUUGAAAGGGCUGCAUUCAGCCCUCUGUAUAUUAUACUUAGACAAAUAACCUGGAGGGAAUCCUGUCUUUGUCUUUCUAUUUUAUUUUUAGGCCCCAGGACAUAUUUUUUUUGUCAAUUUCUUUUUUUUAAAGUAAUGCAUUUCGGGGACUUUAAUUGUUUAGUUUUGAAACAAAUGGAAUGUCUUUUCAAUGUGUUCUGCAGGCUGAACUUAGCUCGCACCUCUGUGUAGAACGUAUGAGGCCUAACAAACUGCUCUAAGUUUUCUUCCCCCCACCCCCACAAAAUAAUUUUAUAUUUUUGUUCUGUACAACUAUGCUUACAUUUAUUUUUACAAGAAAUGUUUCAAGAAUUGAGACGGUGUGAUUGUGCUAACAAAAUAUUUUAUCUCAUAAAAUCUAGUGAUAAAAGGUAUUCUGCAUAUACACUGAGGAUUCCUCUGUGGCCUUGACAUAUACUUGAGGUUUCAGGAACUUAUUAAAAUUAUAGAGAAUUUUGGAUGCAAUUACUAAAGCUUUUAAUAAAUUCUAUUCACAGAGGUGCAGAAGACACAUGCUUCCCUUUUUUCAAUUUAAAUGUUAGAAUAUUCAUUUUGUAACAUGGAAUACUUAAUUGUUAAGCUCAAUUUUUAAAACUUUCUUUCAUGUUUUUACAAAAUCAUGUUUGCUUAGCUCUGUUGGGGGUGUGGGGCACCGAGGCUAAUCAAAGUUAAAGGCAGUGCUGUAGCAUCUUUGUAAAGAUUUUUGUAAUUCUAUGUAAAAUGAGGUUGUGAAUUAUUUCUUUAAAUCUUGUAAAUUCAGGGUUUGUUGAACAUCUGUAAUGUAAUGUUGCAUGGACAUUAUGAGCUCUGUUCUUGUUACAAUCUCUUGUAAACAUAAAAUCCAAGGUGUUAAUUAGUUACUGAGAUGAAAUUUCAAUGUGCCCUCUAUCCAUACUUUACCCUCAAGAGUCACUUGAUUUUACAAGCCAAAGACUGAUGAAAAAAGUUAGAUCCUGCAUGCUCCCACCUUGUUGUUUUGAAACAGUGAUUGUAAUGUCAGUGUUGGUUUAAGGUGGAAAGGGGAAGAAGCGUGAGAUACUCCUGGAUUUCACCCACAUGCUCUCGAGUUGCUCGCAUGCCUAAAUUCCUUUCUCUCUUGGCCACUAAACAGUCAUGAUGCAAAAUGACUGAUCAAAUCAAAAGCGAUGAGCAACCGUCUUUAUUCUUUAUUUUUAUUCUUGUCAUGUAAAUUUAUCAACAUUUGUUAUUUAAUGUCACUGCUUUUGUUCAGAUUUUCUUUUUUUUGUAAAAAGUUUGAGAAGUUUACUGUCAUUUUGAGACACCCCCGAUUAUAUGCUUCCAUCUAAUGUUGGUACACUUACUGUAUUCCAUGUGUAAAGACACUUAAUAAUAACCCUUCAAAACA